AUGGAUUCCAAUAUAUAUCUUAAUUUUGUUGAUCUUCUUCAAAGUCAACAAGAAAGUAGCAUUGGUUUAGAAUCUUCUUAUAUUCCUCUCUUUGGCACUCAGGCUUCUGAAAGUUCAAACUUCGAACAAGACAGUCCUGCUGCGCGUACACCAAGAAGGACGUGGACACCAACUGAUGAUGUAGUGCUCAUCAGCUCCUGGUUAAACACGUCCAAAGAUCCCGUUGUAAGGAAUGAGCAACGGUCUGUUGCUUUCUGGAAGAGAAUCGCAGCGUACUUCUCGGCGAGUCCCAAGCUUAUUGGAUAUGAAAAACGAGAGGCGUCUCACUGUAAGCAGAGGUGGCACAAGAUAAAUGAUUUAGUUUGCAAGUUUUGUGGAGCUUACGAAGCUACAACCAGGGAGAAGAGUAGUGGACAAAAUGAGAAUGAUAUUCUCAAACAAGCCCACAAAAUUUUCUUCAACAACCGCAAAAAGAAGUUCACACUUGAACAUGCGUGGAAGGAGCUCCGAAAUGACCAGAAGUGGUGUGAGCUCUCGACGGCAAAAAAUGAAGGAAGCUCGAAGAAGAGGAAGUGUGAGGAGGGUUUUAUAACAGCAAGCUCUCAAGCUGAUACUGCUGUAGAUGAUGAAGGACCCAUUCGUCCUGCAAAAGCCUGGGGUAAGAAGACGAUGGUUGAGGGUAAGGAGCUGUCUGACUUUCAGACCAUGUGCAGCAUCAAGAAGGAGGAUUUGGCACUGAAAGAAAGGCUCUCCAAGAUGAAGCUACUUGACAUUCUUGUUCUUCUUCUUGUUGUAGUUGUAGUUCAUGUUCUAGUUCUUCUUGUUGUAGUUGUAGUUCUUGUUGUUCUCGGUUUACAUUUUGCUUGUCUUGUCAAGAAGAGUGAAAAAGUGAUUCACGGACUAGCUCAUUGUACUCAUGUCAAGCAUUGGGAGCGUGUGGUCUUGUUUUCUCUUGUCACGGAUAAGAGUUUGUAA